CGUCCACGCCUCCACGACAGCUGCAGAGCGCGCGACAACAUGGAUAAUCAACUCACCCCGAGCUUUGCGCCGUUCGUCGGCAUGAGCGGCAUCGCCUUCGCAAUGAUAUUUGGAUGUCUCGGUGCUGCCUAUGGCACGGCAAAGUCGGGCAUUGGCAUCUCAGGUGUAGGCACAUACAGACCUGACCUGAUUAUGAAGUGCCUGAUUCCUGUCGUCAUGUCCGGUAUCUUAGCUGUAUACGCCCUCGUCAUAUCAGUCCUCAUUGCAAGCGACAUUCGCCCGCCCCCGGAUAAGAACUACUCCCUUUACACCGGCAUCAUGCAUAUGGCCGCUGGCCUGUCGGUCGGUCUGCCCGGUCUGGCCGCGGGUUACGCCAUCGGCAUUGUGGGCGACGUGGGCGUGCGCGCAUACAUGCGCCAGUCGAGGAUCUUCGUCGGCAUGGUCUUGAUUCUCAUUUUUGCUGAAGUUUUGGGUCUUUACGGACUUAUCGUUGCUCUCAUCCUCAACACGCGCGCAGUGGGCUAGACGCAACGGCACGGCGACUGUACGACUACUUUUGGAGAAGCAUUGUCACGCAUUUUGCAUCACGGAGUUAUGGACUGUACAAAUGCUGCUGGUACCGAGGUAUGAUCAUGGAGCAAAACAAUGCUGCGCGAGAGCGAUAUUGGAGAGAAGCACACUGGAGCAGUCGCAUUUUUAUGUUGGUAAAUGUAACUGGGAUCAAAAAUUAUAUGCACGCCCAACGGCGACUCUGUGCGAAGGUGCGGCUGAUAUGCGGUCUGCAGGGCGUCUUGAUCGCCAUGCAUGUCUUUAGUUGGGUAGAAAGUAGCACAGGGGAGCAGAUUGCAGGAAGGCAAUGGUUUACCAGACUUCGAUAUGCCG